AUGCACAUCUACAUAGUGCUCUUGGGAUUAUUUUUUGUUUCGGUAGAAGCAUCUUAUGAAGUGUCGGAAACAGAGAAAAAUGAUUUGUUGAUGAGAUAUAAUCACCUCCGCGAAGACGUCGCAAAGGCACUUUUUAUAUCUAACAUGCAUGAAUUGACGUUCGAUCGAAUGCUUAUUGAUCGUGUGUCGAUUAUGAGUUGUCACGAAUAUGAAAACUAUAUCAGUGAGAUCCCCGAAGACAUGGAAUUAUUGCAAAGCAAACUGCAAGGCGUGACGUUGACAAUUCCAGUUGAUGGAUAUGGAGUUGUACUGAAUCUGUAUAACGCGUAUCCACCUCAAACGAAACUUGGAUGCAUUCAUAGUAAAUGUAAAGGUUCUUUUCAGUGUAUUUUGGGCCCAGAAGAAAAGUUGUCAAGCUCUGGUUUUGUCGAAGGAAUGCCAGCAUCAAACUGUACAGCUUCAACUGGGCUGAUGUGCAAGCCAUCAGUUACUGCAAAAGGGACACUUUUCACUAUUAUUCUCUCAAUCAUACAUUUUAUUUAAACUUUAUGUAUGGAAUAAAUAGUUUCGUG